GCCACUUCAACAGAAUACUGAAAGCUCAACUUUUAAGCUAUGCGUGUUGAAAACAAAAUAAUAUGGUUUAUGUCCGACUAAAAUUCGUCAAAUAACUUAUAUUUUCAGAUAAAAAUCGCAAGUAAUAUGUCUAUUAUCAUUAACCGCUGUAGCUGGCAAAAUCAGCGCUGUAACAGACAUCUCGUUCAUUUGCUGGAUCGUUAGCCGUUCAAGCUAACAUUAACUGCUGUCGCGAAAUCUCAAAACAUUGCGAUUAUGCCACAAAUUUCAGUCAAUUACAUUUUAUUAUGCGGGCAAUUCGUAUUGCUUCUUGCAGUGCUGCUUUUACAAUGCUUAGAUGGGAUUCAUUCCCAAAACUCAACUGAGCCACCCAGGAACACUGUAACGACGACUAGCAAACCUGUUGUUUUCAAUGAACAACCCGAAGAAAACGUGACGGAGAGCGUUAUACCUACCGAGAAAUCAAAUCAUACGGAGCAGUAUGAAUACAACCCUCCAUCGCCAGUUAUCCUUUGUCGAUAUCUACCAGAGGAAUUCAUCAUCUGCCAAGAUCCAGUUGACCACGGAGGAAAUUCCACAGCUUUUCAGGAACUGGGCUACGGAUGUGUAAAGUUUGGGGGGCAGGCAUACAAAGACGUGAACCAUACCCAGGUGUUAUGCACUGCAUUGGAUGGGAUAGAGUGUGCUGGACCUAAAGAGUUUCUCAGAGGCAACGAACCUUGUAUCAAAUACACAGGACACUACUUCAUCACCACUCUACUGUACUCAUUUUUCUUGGGAUGUUUCGGGGUCGAUCGAUUCUGUCUCGGACACACUGGGACUGCAGUAGGAAAGCUGCUUACCCUGGGUGGACUUGGUAUCUGGUGGUUUGUGGAUCUCAUUCUCCUGAUAACAGGCGGAUUGACUCCUAGUGACAGCAGCAACUGGUGUACCUUCUACUGACCGUGGUUAAAGUGGCUGUAUGCACUUUAUCUUGUGCUCACCUACAUUAGUUUAAAACCAUUUUUUUCGUUGUAUACACUGUCUGCAUGUGGAUGUACAUUGGCCUUGUUUGCAUCAUUUGCAAAUACUGCUUUUCUUUAUUUUUUGUAAAGUCUUCAUUUGAAGAAGUGCUGUAAAUAAAUAUCAUCUUAUUAGUGUUAAACUCACAAUAAAUUAAUAUUUAAGUAA